UUCUACAAUUAAUGCUGAGGAACCACCUUAUGAACAACAACUACAAGUUCAUAUUGAUUUUAUAACAACUAAACUACAGCAAGUUCAACUAAAAGCUCAACAAAAUAUUAAAACAGCUCAACAAAAACAAAAGGAAAGGCAUGAUGAACAUGUUAAGAAAACUUCUUUUUAUAUUGGUGAUAAAGUCUUAUUAUAUCAGUCAGCACAAGCUAAAGUGCAUGGUGAUAAAUUUAGAGAAAAAUAA